AUGUUUCCAAUGUUGCGUCUGCAUCCCGAUUUCGAUGCUCGCGCUCGCAAGGUGCUGCUCGUCAGCUUUGUUGGCGCUCAACAAACGGAAUUUCCAACGCAAAACGACCUCUUGUCUCUCGUCUCCAAUCGCGAGAAGCGUCCAAAGUCUCGCGGAGAGACUGUCGAUCGUCAAUCAGUGAGUGAUCUUCAGAGGCAAAGCUCCAGAUCUAAUCGACCCAAUCUCUGCAGCUGGCUGGCAGCUACCCAAGGCCAAGGCUUGGCAUUGCCACCCCAUGAGCAUUUCGAACUGAAAGUAGUCAUCCGUCUCCGCAUCCCAUCCGCUAGUUUUCUGGUUAAAUCCAAGAGCGCGCCAGCCGCUGGGUCGCAUCCGACAUGGCCUCGUGCUAGGCCGACAGCUUAA